AUGUCAACCGCACAAGCCCUCCCCCUCGAACCAAACACCCUCUACAUCCUCCUCCUCGACCUAGGCGGCAACUGCCUCUUCGAAUGGAAACUAUACCUCACCUCAACACCCACAACGGGCCAAACCUUCCAUAUAACCAACGAGACCGGCCCAACAAGCUGGCAAUACAAAAGCGAAGGCGUGUACAACAUAGCAAGUAAUACGCGAGUGGUGCUAGCGCUGCAAAUUGGCGCCGUCGGCCCCGUUCUGCACGCCGCGCUGGGAGCACGUCUUGCGCUCGUCCCGUUGGCGCUGUACUCGGCUCGAUUCCGAGAGGGCCUCUGCUGCCGCGUGUGGGUCCAGGAGGCGCUUUUUGCAUUGGAUGAUGAGGGAUAUCUUGGUCUUGCUAGGAGUGCGGGGGAUAUCGAGCAGGAGGCUAGACAGCUUGGGAUGCUUAAUAAAAGUCGGGGUACCAGCUCUGGAGAUUAUGGUUAA